AUGAAAUCUCGGUGCAGGGUUGGGAAGCUGCUGGCGCAGUGCGACCCCUCAUCUCGGGAGUAUGAUGAGAUGGUUGUGGAAAAACGCCGGCUCUUUCCGGAUCCUCGCCGCCUGCUGGAUAAGACAUGUAAGGUCACCUCUCUUUUUCUUCCAGCUCCCCCACCUCCAAAGAGAGCACCCAGCACCACACUCACCCUACGGUCCAAGUCCAUGACAGCUGAGCUGGAGGAAUUGGAGCGACUCGAUGAGAUAUUGGUGGCUUCCGAUCCCUCUUUAAGACCAGAGAUUGCCGAGGCUGACUCCAGAGCUGCUACAGUCAAACAGCGACCCACAAGCAGACGCAUCACCCCAGCUGAGAUAAAUUCACUGCUAGAAAGACAGGGGAUUUCCCCACAUGCAAUAUCACAUAUCCCCGGUGAAAAGUCUCAUAUUUCCCUUCACCAUGGCAUGUCUCGGACCAAGUCUGUUGGUGAAGAUGAAAAGCUGUCAGAUUCAUUCCUUGAUGGGCGUUUUCCACGUAGUACCUCCAUGCAGGAUUCUUUAAGGGAAGGUCCAAUAAUACCACCACCUCCACACAAAAAACUGCUCCCCCACCUCCAUCCCCAUAUUACUUUGACACAGGACCACCACCCGCUUUCUCUCCACCACCACCCCCAGGUAGAGGGUAUGAUACCGUGCAUUCUAGUUUUAAACCAGGUUAUGAAGCCAGGCUUCAUGGCCUUCAGCAUGGAAUGGGAUCUGCAGAGCUCUUAAGUAUGGAUCGUGCCCUUCCUACUCCUGAUCGCCAAAAGCGUGCUCGUUCCAUGAUUAUUCUUCAAGAUACAUCUCACCUCCCUGUGGAACCAACAAUUAUUUCUCGGCCUGGCCCAUCACCUACCCCUCCAGAAAAAUUAAAACGUAGAAGCCGGCCUGUGGAUAAUCCUUAUGCUAAUAUGGGUCUGUUUGCACCAAUGAAGCCUCAACGCAAAAAAAGUCCACUUGUGAAACAGCUCCAAGUGGAAGAUGCCCAGGAGCGAGCUGCAUUAGCCAUGGCUGGGGGUUAUUCCCGUGAUCCCUCACCAUCACGACGCAGCCCACGACAAAGCAUGAUGGAAUUAGGAACUGCACACCACGAUCCUCUUGGUAGUCCUUUUGCAACAGCACUCGCAGGAGUAAUGAAGGAUCGUGAGCGACGGCUGGAUGAGAAGCGUAAAUCCACAGUCUUCCUUUCGGUCGGAGCAUUGGAGGGAACACCACCUUCCCCAGAUCUUCCCUCCCUACAACCUUCACGCUCAGUUGAUGAGCGGUUACUGGGGAGUCGGGAUGUCCUCCUGCCAUCUCCAGGCUCUUCACUGAAGUCACUAAUGUACAGUAGUCCUCAUUCUACAUUCAUUCACCCCUUAACUGGUAAGCCCCUUGAUCCCAACUCUCCUCUUGCACUUGCGCUGGCCGCAAGGGAACGUGCGCUUUCUGCCCAGGCACCAUCUCCCCCUCCUCCAAGGACACCUACUCCGGUAAGGAGUCCAGAUUCAGACAGAGCUCCUCCACUCUUUCUGGAAAUUCAAACCAAAGAGGGGGAGAUGGGAAUGGAAUUAGAAGGAUCAGCAUCACCCAUAUACAGCCCUUCAGGGGCACCAGUAAAGGGCCAUUGGGGCACCCCACUAAGAAGGGAUGUGGAAACUCGUGUAGAGAGGAGUCCAGAACGACUACAAAGCAAAACAGAGGAAAGAAAGCCUAUGAUUUUAAGUAUAGUUGACACCUCUCAGCAGAAGACAGCAGGGCUUAUAAUGGUGCAUGCUACCAGCAAUGGAACCGAAGAUAAAGAACAGGAGCCACCAGCUACUACUGACCAGCAAGAAGCUACACAUCCCCAAGAUACUGAAGAGAAGGCCCCCUCAAGCUCUUCUUCAGAUAAAACACUUGGGCAGGGAAGCUCAGAGGAGGAAGUUGAACCAUUUGGGGCCAAUUUGCCACCAGCCAUGCUGUCCUCUAGUGAUGAGGAAACAAGAGAAGAAUUAGCAAAAAUUGGACUAUUGCCUCCUCCUGAUGCUUUUGCCAAUGGAGUCCUUGUCACCAAACCUGGCACCCCUAUCAGCCAAUUGACUCGGCCUGGUACUUUGGCUGUGCCAUCUGCCAAGCAAACUAGUAGUGUACCACCCUCAGGGAAGCCUUCUGAUGCCCCACUGCCCCAUCCAGAGUCAGCUACUGACUCAGGUGUGGAAGAAGUGGACACCAGAAGCUCGAGUGACCACCAUCUGGAGACCACGAGCACCAUCUCAACUGUGUCCAGCAUGUCCACUCUAUCCUCAGAGAGUGGGGAGCCCACUGACACCUACACCUCGUACGCAGACGGUCAAACUUUUAUACUCGAGAAGCCACCAGUGCCUCCAAAGCCCAAACUCAAGUCUCAACUGAUGAAGGGCACCGUGACCUUCAGGGACCCCCUGCUCAAGCAGUCCUCAGACAGUGAGCUCAUUGCCCAGCAGCAACUUGCAGCGGGCCGUCCGCGCUACCUCUUUCAGAGAAGAUCUAAGCUAUGGGGAGAUCCAGUGGAGAGUCGGCCCCUUUCCCAUGGGGGACCUGUUGAAAUAGAAAAGCCGUCUGUAAUUGGAGAGAUCAGUUCCCGACUUCAGCUGCUAAACAAGGAUACGCGGUCACUGGGUGAGGAGCCAUCAAUUCCGGGAAUGGACCCCGGCAAGAAAUCUCCAGUGGUGGCGGCU